AUGAAUAUUCUUAUUUAAGAAGAACUAGAAAAUAGUUAAUAGUUGAGUAGUUAAUAAUUAAUUAAAUAGAACUCUUAUGUUUACAAUUAGAUGUUAAAAAUAAAUAAUGGCUUAAAAACAUAUGCUUUAUCCUCAAUUUUACUUAAUUAAAAUAAUGACCCAGAAAAUUUGAUGAUUUCAGAAUUAACAUUUCGAUCACUCUCUAAUGAUGUUGACUCAAAGUUGCUUUAAGAAUUUUAAAGUAGAAGACAUAUAAUUGAACCUCAUUAAAUAUAAUUAAUUUAGUAAUCUCCUUUUAAAAUCAAUAAAUAAGCAUGUUGGAUUUGCUUAAAUGAACUUAAUAAUAUUAUAUUAAUAGAAUAAUGCAAUCAUUAGUUUUGUCAAAAAUGUAUAACCUUAUAUUUAUACAAUAAAAUAAUAUCUGGUGAAGUACACAAAAUUACAUGUCCAUAAUUUGGUUGUUCUACAGUUUUAAGUGAACGUUUGAUUAAAUAAAAUAUUAAUUAAGAAGUUUAUCAAAAAUAUUAAAGGUAGUAAUAUCAUCAACUAUUCAAGAUUUUUAUUAAUAAAGUAAUAUGAAAAUGUUGUGAAUGGGAAAUGGUGUCCAAGACCUGAUUGUUUUAAUUUUGUUUUUCAGUAAGGAUAAGAAAAAAUAUUAUAAUGUGUAUGUGGUUAAUAAUUUUGUUUUGAUUGUGGAAAUCCAAAUCAUCCAAAUAAAACAUGUUAAGAAAGUGUAGAUUAAGUAUUUGCUUAAGCAUUACAAGAUUAUAAAAUUUAAAAAUGUCCUAAUUGCAAAGCUAACAUACUUAAAAAUGGUGGUUGUAAUCAUAUGACUUGUACUAAAUGUCAUUAUGACUUUUGUUGGCUAUGUGGAUGUAGAUAUUCAUCAAUUCAUUAUGAUUGGAUGAAUCCAUGUAAUUGUCCUGGAGAUUAAUAUUAAGAAAGAGAUCCAUAUUCAUAUCCUAAAAUUUUAAUAUGUAUAAGAGCAAUAUUGAAACUCUUAAUAUAUGUACUACUAUCACCAAUAUUGGCAUUAGCAGGUAUAGGAAUGCUUGCUUAUGGACUUGGAUACUUGUUAUCAAAAGCUUGUCAUCUUUGUAGAUGUCUCAAAAAAUGUUGCUAAACUUUAUGUAAUUGA